AUGAGUGCCGAAGGACAAGAGCUCGCAUCGCAGUCAGGCUAUGAAGAUGGCGCCGCCGGCGGCCCUGGAGCACCUACGCCACUUUCCGCUCUCGAGGGAAUGGCCGGUUUGACCAAGAGAGACAUCCAAUUGUUCAUCGAAGGCGGAUUCCACACCGUCGAGGCUGUGGCAUACACGCCGAAAAUGGUGCUCGAGCGCAUCAAGGGUGUUUCGGAGCAGAAGGCUACCAAACUAACACGGUCGACAGCCGCCAAACUUGUGCCCAUGGGCUUCACCACCGCAACCGAGAUGCAUGCGCGCCGUAGCGAACUCAUUUCUAUCACGACUGGUUCCAAGCAGCUUGAUACGUUGCUCGCAGGUGGUAUCGAAACAGGAUCUAUCACUGAGGUGUUUGGCGAGUUCAGAACCGGAAAAAGUCAGCUCUGUCAUACGCUGGCCGUAACUUGUCAGCUGCCCUUCGACAUGGGCGGUGGUGAGGGAAAGUGUCUCUACAUCGACACCGAGGGAACAUUCAGACCUGUCCGUCUCCUCGCAGUCGCACAAAGAUAUGGGCUAUCAGGAGAAGAGGUUCUCGACAACGUCGCAUAUGCGCGCGCAUACAAUUCCGAGCAUCAGCUCGAUCUCCUCAACCAGGCAGCACAGAUGAUGACGGAGACACGCUUCUCACUCUUGAUCGUCGAUUCGGCAACGGCACUCUACCGCACAGAUUUCUCUGGUCGUGGUGAGUUGUCGUCAAGACAGACGCACUUGGCCAAGUUCAUGCGCACCCUUCAACGUCUAGCCGAUGAGUUUGGUAUCGCAGUGCUCAUUACCAACCAGGUGGUGGCACAGGUAGAUGGUGGACCAAGCGCUAUGUUCAACCCGGACCCGAAAAAGCCCAUUGGUGGCAACAUCAUCGCGCACGCCAGCACAACACGUCUCAGUCUGAAGAAGGGUCGUGGUGAGACCAGAAUAUGCAAGAUCUACGAUAGUCCUUGCUUGCCUGAGAGCGAUGCUAUGUUCGCCAUCAAGGAGGACGGUAUUGGCGACCCAAGUCCCAAGGACCUCGACAACAACUAG